AUGAGGCAGCUCCGAGCAGCGACACGCGCGUUGCAAGCGCCGCGGAGGGCGCUGCCCAUGCGCCCGGUCGUGAGCCUAUUGGCGGCACGGACACCUCUUUCUCUUCGCACCCGAGUGACUCCACCACCUUCUCUCGUCUCCGUACGCGGCUUCGCGUCGACCGCCCGCGUACUGGCCGGCACGGAUGGCAAGUCGCGCAAAAUCGACAUGGACCAGUUUCCGCCUGAGCGCAUUCGAAACCUGAGUAUCAUCGCGCACAUCGACCACGGGAAGAGUACGCUCGCGGACCGGUUGCUGCAGAUGACGAAUACGCUGCCUCCAGAGGCGGACGCGCAGUUCCUCGACAAGCUCAAGGUCGAGCGCGAGCGCGGGAUCACGGUCAAGGCCCAGACUGUAUCGAUUAUACACACGCACACGGACGGGAACAAUUACCUCAUCAAUCUUAUUGAUACACCGGGACACGUAGACUUUAGCUACGAGGUGUCGCGGUCGCUAGGGGCGUGCGAGGGCGGUUUGUUGCUCGUCGACUGUACUCAGGGAAUCCAGGCGCAGACACUGAGUGUGUUUCACCACGCUGUCGAGGCCAACCUCAAGCUACUGCCUGUCAUCAACAAAGUUGACUUGGGCCAUGCUUCGCCGCAGGAGACGAGCGAGCAGAUUGCGCAAACGUUCGGACUGCCCAUCGAAGACUGUAUGCGGAUCAGCGCCAAGAGUGGGCUCGGCGUCGACACUGUGCUCCGUCAGAUUGUUGACGCAUUGCCGGCUCCGAAGUGGGAGGGAGACGACAAGCUCCGCGCGCUCGUGUUCGACACGUUCUACGACCGAUUCCGCGGGGUUGUGUCCCUCGUCCGCAUCAAGUCGGGCCAGGUCAAGAAGGGCGACAAAGUCAGGUUCCUCCAAGCCGGGAAGAAGUACGACGUCCUCGAGGUCGGGAUACAGAAUCCAGAGGAGGUGCCGGUUGGCGCGCUCAAGGAGGGACAGGUCGGGUACCUCGUCGUCAACAUGAAGAACUCUGAAGAGGCGCAUAUCGGAGACACUGUGUGCCUCGCCAACGAGCCGACUGAGCCUCUUCCAGGCUUCCAGCCCAUGAAGGCGAUGGUGUACGCUGGCGUGUUCCCGAUGGACAAUGGCGAGUUCCCGCAGCUCGAGGAGUCAAUUGAGCGACUUACGCUGAACGACCGAAGUGUCUCUGUCGAGCGCGAGUCAUCUGCCGCCCUUGGACAAGGCUUCCGUCUCGGUUUCCUCGGUACGCUGCACAUGGAUGUCUUCCGCCAGCGCCUCGAGGACGAGUACUCGUCCAACGUCAUCAUCACUGCCCCGACCGUACCGUACAAGGUUGUCUACCAGCGCGGCAAGCAGCGGGUCGAGGAGUUUAUAUCCAACCCCACCGACUUCCCCGACACGUCGGACACACGGUUGCGGGUGUCGCACGUCGAGGAGCCCAUGGUCAACGCCACCAUCUUCGUCCCAACUGAAUACGUCGGUGCGAUGAUGGAGCUGUGCGCAAAGUACCGUGGCAUCCAGGAGGAGUACAAGUUCCUUGACAACACGGAUCGCGCGAUCCUCAAGUACCGCCUGCCGCUCGCAGAGAUUGUCACCGACUUCUUCUCCGAGCUUAAGAGUGCCAGCUCGGGCUUCGCCUCGUUCGACUACGAGGAGGGCGGAUACGAGCGGUCCAACCUCGUCAAGCUCAACAUGCUGCUGAACCAGAAGCCAGUCGACGCCCUCUCCCUCAUCGUGCACAAGGACGCCGCGCAGUUCAUUGGUCGGCAGUGGGUCAAGAAGCUCAAGGACGUACUCCCUCGCCAGCUGUUCGAGCUCGCGAUCCAGGCGUCGGUGGGAAACAAGGUCGUCGCGCGUGAGUCACUCUCGGCCAUGCGCAAGGACGUCACCGCCGGCCUGUACGGUGGUCACUACGAGCGGAAGAUGAAGCACCUCAACAAGCAGAAGGAGGGUAAGAAGCGUCUCAAGCGCCUGGCAGGCAACAUCGACAUCCCCCAGACGGCGUUCUUUGACGUGCUGUCCUCGCGUCCGCGGACCUUCUCGACCAGCGCACGCCAGAGUCUCAGCUUUCUAGAGCACCUCCCUGAGGUGCCGCUACCACCUCCGGAGCUGGCGCUCGGUUUCGAGAAGACUACCCCCAUUGGACGCCACGACCUCUCGCCUGAGCAGCGCUCGGCGCUCCUCUCCACCAUUAUGAGCCAAACGUCUGGCCAACUGGACAUUACGUCCGAAGCCCUCUUCACCAACUUUACUCGCCUGUACCUCGCGUCGACCACCAACGCCUUCACGCCCAGCGAGCUCCGUACGAUUGCGCACACGAUGCACGCAAUCGACCGCCGCUUCAAGGUCAACAUGCGGUCGGCCAACGAGCGCUUCGAAACCGUCAUCAAUGCCCUCCGCGAGACGGGGGGGAAACAGACAGGCUCGAUGCGCGGCCUCGAGUUGGCUAUUGUGGUCUCGGGUAGCCGCACGCAGCGGCACGUGUCUCAGAGCGCCCUCCGCAGAACGGAGAGCGUGUUCAUGGCGCUCAACCCCACGCCACCCAAGUCCAACAUUACCGGGUACCGCAUGUGCUUCAACCACAUGUUGCACAUGUGUGCGCUGGCUCGCUCGCCAGGGCGUCUCAACGCUUGGUGGGGCAAGAUGAUCUCUGAGGGUAUCGCGCCGGACUCGUGGUCCUACCUCAGCCGCAUCCUGGUUUACGGGGGGAUGUCGAACGUCGACGGUGCCAUGUCCGAACUGGCGUUUGCGCUGCCCAAGGUCGAGGGCAAAGACGCGCUCGUGCUCAUCAACGCUGCGCUGUGGAUGGCCAUCCGCGGCGACCGGUGGGACGUUGCCAGCGCACUGCACGCCGCCCUGUCCGCCCGUUCUCCAGACGAUGUGGCGCGCGCGCUCGGCGACGGGGGCCUCCCUGAAUCCCUAGCAGAGCCCCUGACCCCACUGGCGCCAGACCGCGUGACCUCCGCCAUCCUAGUUGAGGCGCACACCUUCCGCGGCGACCUGUUAGCGGCGCUCAACGUCCUCCGAGGAAUGUUUGCCGACGGGCACGCCCCAGGCGUAGCAGAGUACAUGGCGAUGUUCCACGGCUUUGCGCGCCACGGCGUCAUCGGGCAGGGAACAGCUGGCCACGCAGCAGCCGCCUUGCCAUUCUGGCACGACAACCACGCCACGACCGGCCUUGACAACCCAUGGGGCGACGAGGACCAUGGUCAAUUCGGCUCCAACUACCGGCCCGCAAACUUGUGGACACAAACCGCUCUCGAGGACCUGUUCACCUCUUUCCUCGCCCUACCUCCGCCGCGCAAGACUAAAAAAGCACUCCCCCGCGCCCCAAGUGCCAACGCCGUCUACCGCACCCUCCUGGCUUUCGGGCGGGUCACUAACGCUGACACCCAUGCUGUGCGGGCAGCUCUUGGCGCCAUGCAGUCCAAGUUUGGGCCGGGGAACGAGGAGGGGUGGGUUGGGUGGCAUGAGGAUAAGCGGCAUAAGAAGAUCCGCGCCGUGUUGGACAUGGAGUAG